AUGUCUAUUUCUGAUGUACCUAUUCACAAGGACAUUUCCAAAUUACCAGAAACAAAGGUAUCUAAAGAGUUAGCAAAACAUAACAACAACGAUAAUGACCAUUACAACCACGAUAUCAAAGAACACAUAAAUAAGAAAGAUCAUAAGAAAGAAACAGAUAGCAAUGGUCUAAGAACAAAAAUUUUGAACAAUGAAAAUAUCAAAUGGUGCAUACUAGAAUUGUUAGGACCAAUUUUUUUGACUUUUUUGUCCUUUAAGGUGAGAUUUCAAGAGAUUGAUAAAAAUCGACAAGUUGUAUGGGAUGAAGCCCAUUUUGGUAAGUUUGGUUCGUACUACAUUAAACACGAAUUUUAUCAUGAUGUCCAUCCACCUUUAGGGAAGAUGCUUAUUGCAUUAAGUGAAUGGUUGGCUGGCUUUGAUGGCCAUUUCGAUUUCGAGUCAAAUUCAGACUAUCCUGGCAACGUCAAUUUUAAAUUUAUGAGGCAGUUCAAUGCGAUGUUUGGUGCUCUUUGUACCCCAUUAGCAUUUUUUUCUUCUAAGUGGAUGGGAUUAAACUACUGGUCGGUCUAUUUAAUUACGUUAAUGGUCACUUUGGAACAUUCUUUUAUUGUACUAUCCAAAUUUAUUUUGUUAGAUUCUAUGUUAUUAUUUUUUAUUGCUUUGAGUUUCGCGUGCAUGUGUAAACUUUACGACCUGCGUGAUAGACAAAUGACCAGGGAAUGGUCACUUUGGAUGCUCCUAACAGGUAUUUCGUUAGGGUGUGUAUGCUCUGUAAAAUGGGUUGGACUAUUUAUUACAUCAGUAGUAGGUUUAUAUACUGUGCUAGAUCUUUUCAAAUUAUAUUAUGAUAAAAGGGUUGGGAGAAUAAAGUAUGUUAGACAUUGGCUGGUUAGAAUUAUAGAUUUGAUUAUAGUUCCUUUCCUAAUCUAUUUGUUUUGUUUUAAGAUCCAUUUCAGUUUACUUUAUAAGUCUGGAACAGGUGAUGCAUCCACCAAUACUCUGUUUCAGGUCAAUCUAGAAGGUACUAAAAUUGAAAAUAGCCCACGGAAUGUCUUGUUUGGAUCACAGGUCACUAUAAGGUCACAUGGAUUAAGUCCAAAUCUUCUACAUUCUCAUCCUCAAUUGUAUCCUGAUGGAUCCGGUCAGAGACAAAUUACCGGCUAUGGACAUUCUGAUUCUAAUAAUGUCUGGGAGAUUCAAUUUUCUAGGCGAUCAAUAAUGAAGUUUGAUGACAAUAAAAAAACUUCUAAUAGUCAGUUAUUGGGUGUUGGCAAUGGUAGUCUUAUCAGAUUAGUUCAUAAUAACACUAGAUCAAAUCUACAUUCCCACGAAAUUCCAUCACAUGUUUCUCGUGGAAAUUAUGAAGUUUCAGGAUAUGGGGAUGAUAUAAAUGGAGAUAGUAAAGAUGAUUGGAUUAUUGAAAUUGUAGAUCAAUUGGAUUCUGCUAACCCAGACUUCCAUAAAGAAAAUCCAGAUCUAGUACAUCCUAUCUCUACAUUUUUUAGAUUAAAACAUGCAGAUCUUGGAUGCUACUUAGCUACAACUGGGCUCGCUUAUCCCAACUGGGGGUUUAGUCAGGCAGAAAUCGUUUGCAAACAAUCAUGGAGUUCUAGAGAUAAAUCUACAUGGUGGAAUAUCGAAGACCAUUGGAAUGAUAAUUUAGAAGUAGAAGAUGAUUAUGUCCCACCAAAAUCUAAAUUUUGGACAGACUUUAUCUUAAUAAAUUUUGCCAUGGCAUCUUCUAAUAAUGCAUUAAUCCCAGACCCUGACAAAUACGAUCGACUAGCUUCCAAAGCAUGGGAGUGGCCUACAUUACAUAGAGGUCUUAGAAUGAAUCAUUGGGGGAUGGAUCAGGCCAGAUAUUUUAUGAUGGGGUCACCAUUUAAUACUUGGAUAUCGACGUUGUUUAUUAUCUUAUUUCCAAUACCUGUGUUAACAAUUUUAAUAAAACAAAAAAGGCAAACUACUUUAUUUACUGAGGAACAAUGGAUGUCUUACAUAAUCCAGGGUAUUUUCCCAUUUAUUUCAUGGUUAGCUAACUAUCUCCCAUUUGUAGUUAUGGGUAGAGUCACUUAUGUACACCACUAUGCUCCAGCGUUAUAUUUUGCAAUCAUUUUGUUUGGGUCUACAAUGAAUUAUUAUCUAGAAAAGUCUUACUACUAUUUGAAAACCGCAAUUUACUUGAUUUUAUUUACAGGUUGUAUCUAUAUUUACAUUAAAUUUUCACCAAUAUGUCAAGGUAUGAUAGGUCCUAUGUUAACGUACGACUAUUUAAAAUGGUUGUCUUCAUGGGAACUUUAA